CGUGCACUCCUCAGAGCAACUCCCACUUUCGGAGGCAGCAGCUGAACAGCGCAGUCGUGUCUGUUUCACGGAGGAUUAAAGGACCGUCAUGGAAGCGGAGUGAGGCGCCUUGCUGGGCUCGGAGAGAACUGUCUCGCGCGCUCCGUUUUCGCAGUAGAGGUGGUGUGGAGGGGGGACGCCUGGCUCGUGACGCUCCGCUGCAGUAACUUCACGCCAACUGCUAACGGUCGCGGGGGGGUGGGGGCUGCUUCACCUGAACGCCGGCGGUGUUCCGCACCGACGCCGAGACCGAAGCGGGACGCAGGAAAGUUUUCAGGGCUUUGCGCCACCUCUGCGGUGUAAGAAUGCGGCUGUCACGCACUCUGUCACGGACUGCACUGCUAACCCUGAUGGUUGUCCGGUGGUCCCACAGCAUUCUGGUGUCUCCCCAAGAGGCGAACCAGUUUCUGAACAGACAGAGGAGGGCGAACCAAGUGUUCGAGGAGACGAAGCAAGGACACUUGGAAAGGGAGUGUGUGGAGGAGAAGUGCACCAAAGAGGAGGCCAGAGAAGUGUUUGAGAACGACCCGGAGACGGACUACUUCUACCCCAAGUAUUUAGACUGUUUGCAGAAGUAUGGUGAUCCUGAAAAGAAAAAACAGGAUCUGGUGACGUGUGUUCAUAAUAUUCCGGAUCAGUGCUCUCCUUCUCCCUGUAGCGCCAUAGGAACGGUGCGCUGCGAGGACAAAAAGGGCGACUUCCUCUGUCACUGUUUUACAGGCUGGACAGGAGCAGCUUGUGAGGAAGAUGUUAAUGAGUGCAGCACAGCAAACGGAGGCUGUGACCAUGACUGCAACAACACUGUGGGUAGUUACCGCUGCUCUUGUCGCCAAGGUUACAGGCUGGACGGACGCCACAUGUGUCGCGAUGUGGACGAGUGUCAGGACAAUGGCGUGUGUGGAACAGCACGGUGUGAGAAUACAGAGGGCGGCUUUAACUGCUCGUGCGACAUUGGCUACGUGUACGACAACGAAAGCAAAAGCUGCGUCGAUGUGGAUGAAUGCGAGGCUAGUGUGUGUGCAGGGGAGUGUUUGAACACCCCAGGGAGUUUCCGCUGCUUCUGUGACGGUCGUCUGGGCCUGAAGCUGGGACAGGACCUCAGCAGCUGUAAGAAUAUAACUCGCUGCAUGAUGCAGUCCCCAAAGAGAAACCCGCGUUCUCUCUAUUUGGGCCGCAUGUUCAGCGGCGUGCCGGUGGUUCGCCUUCGUUUUCGUCGCAGGGUUCAUACCGGCUUUUCAGCAGAGUUUGACUUCCGCACCUUCGAUCGAGAGGGGGUGAUCUUCUUUGCAGGCGGUCACCUGAACAGCUCCUGGAUUGUGGUAGCAAUGCAUCGUGGGAGGCUGGAGCUGCAGCUGAAGUACGGCGCGGUCAGCAGAGUCACCAGCAGCGGGCCCGUUGUCAAUGACGGGCAGUGGAGGAAGAUCUCAGUGGAGGAGCAGGGGCGGAGCCUCGUCAUCAAGAUUGACCGGGAGGCCGUGAUGAAGAUCGCGGUUAACGGGGAUCUGUUCACGCUGAAGAAAGGCAUGCACGAGCUCAACCUGACCGUUGGAGGAGUCCCCUUCAAAGAGGAUCGCCUCGUCAAUCAGCUGAAUCCACGCCUUGAUGGUUGCAUGAAAGAUUGGCGCUGGCUGACGGGUGAAGACACUUCCAUACAGGAAACCAUCCAGUCCAACGACAACAUGCAGUGUUUCAGCACUGAGGUUCCCGGAGCAUUUUACCCUGGAGCCGGCUUCGCUCUCUUCAACAUCACCUAUGAGUCCCAGAACCUGACAGUUCAGCUGACCCUGCUCCCACUCUCUGGUAUCGGCGUUCUGUUUGCCCUUGUUCACCAGGACAAAGUGCCUCUGUCUAUUGCUCUGGCAGACUAUAACCCUUUAACCGAUGAAUGGCGAGAUUUUGUUCUGGUUUCUGUGGGGAACGUGAUCGUUGCCAGCUCCCCUGCGCUCCUGUGUGACGGCCAACGUCACGACAUCCAAGUGACCAUCUCAGGCAACCAGACCUCACUUCUGGUUGAUGGCGAAGCUGGAAGGACUGAAGACGUGGAAGUUCCCACUAACCUCUUCUCACAUUCCAGCACUUUUAUCGGAGGCAUCCCAGAUGUGCCUCUGGUGUCCACGGUCGUGUCGGCGCCCUACAGCGGCUGCAUGGAGGUCAGUGUGAAUGGACGCUCUCUGGACCUGGACCAGGCCAUCCACAAACACAAUGACAUCCGCUCUCACUCCUGCCCCCUGCUGGGCUCUGACCAGUGACGAACCUGCUCUGUGUUCCAGAAGGUUGUCCAGGCAACUGAGGAUGGUUUAAAAAAAAAUAGAAAACUUUAAACGCUCUGACAAAGGAGGGGGUUUUUGGAUUUUAGCUUAAAAAGUAAAACAGUGCAGCUAAAGCCCUGGCACACCAUCACUUACUACCCUCACACUGUGAUGAAAGUGCUGCUUCUAGGUAUUUGCAGGGUUUUUGUUCCAGUUUUCUCAGUGUUGCGGCGCACAUCAGACAAACAGCAGCUUAUCGCCAUCAUCAGUAAGACACCUGGACUUCUUGAUUAACUGCCCAACUUUUGCAGCCUUGUAAGCCAUGAGGGGAGGAGUGCUUUGCUCCACACCGAUAUGCUUAAAUAAAGAGGUGAAGAGCAGGUUUGGGAUUUGUGUUGCUUGGAUUAGAUUUAUAUUCCAAGCCUGAAGUGCUAACGCUGAGAAAAAUGAAAAAAAAAACACAAGAGUUGGACUAACGGUGGACUUAAAUGCCCUUAAAAUGCUGACUCCUUCCCCAUAGCCCCACACUGAGUUGUGGUGUUGGACCUUGCACACAGUUGUAGGUAUAAGUGGACUGCAGCGUGUGAAGCCACUGUCUUGGAUUUCCCCAUUUGCUGCAAAGCACUCAAUGUCUGCCUGAAACCUUAAGAAAAACAACCUCAUGCCUACAAAACAACUACAAGCCCGAACACGUCCAGACCCCCCCAAACAGGUCAAUAAUUCCACAUGGGUGCAGUGCUGUAGGAGAUCAAGCACGUCUUGUUGACGGAAACUGAAACCAACCUCCUUGCAGAGAGCGAUGCAUUUUCACCUGUGGAUUAUCAGACAAUUCCGUCACCAAAGCCCCACCCCACCGUCCGCUCUUUGAGUCAUGGAGACGGUUAAAGCUGCCACACCGAUCAACCUGAAGAGGAUGGAAGGGCCGCCGAAGCACAGGGCGGGGCCAGAGCACUGCAUUACCAAACAAGCUACUGAGAACGACCAUGAGUGUGCUGUGAAAUGCUGAGUCUGUAAAUAACGUGACUGUUCAAUGCUUUACACACAACAGAAAGGAGGCACUACCUUCAUUCCCUGUGGUUUCAUGCACAGUCGAUCCAAAGUUGAACUAAAAACGUCUUUCCACCCACACCACAAGUUUCUGUAACGGCAGACGGAUGUAAAAAGUGCUGGAGAGUCAGGUGGAGCCAUAGCCGGGAGGUCUAUAGGAGCCCGUCUUUAUCUAUCGGUGCUGAGCAACCCACAAAAUAAAAGAAUGUCAGAGGAGAAUGCCAAAAGGGCUCCUUCGUUACUUUUCUGUUUGAAUGGAUGCCAGAGUAUAGAGCUUGAUCUUUUAUCGUUUUUAUUUUUAUCCUGUGUUGUAUCUUGAACUGUAUUAUGUUUUUUCCUCUUUUUAUUUUUCACUUUAAACUGCCAGUAUGUGUUCAAUGCUGAGUGAAGUCGCCCUGACUUCCCUCAACAGUGAGACUCCUAUUUAAAAAAAUAAAAGCUUUUUGUUCAUUG